CUUUAUUUGAUUAUUCUCUUCAGUGGCACCCCGCUCUCACCAAACCCCAUUACGCAUCCCACCGCCCGAUCAAACCAACGACCGAGAUGGCCCUGACUCGCCGGAGCUCCACUCUCCUGAAACCCCUCACCACCUUCAUCCCCUCCACCCGCCUAUUCUCCACCUCCUCGGACUCCACCAUCAACGUCGAGAUAGCCGUUCCCUUCAAGGGCCACCAAAUCGACCCACCAUCCCAAUCCGUCACGACCACCGCUUCCGAACUCAUGACCUUCUUCAGCGAAAUGUCUCGGAUGCGCCGAAUGGAAAUCGCCGCCGAUUCCCUCUACAAAGCCAAGCUGAUUCGCGGCUUUUGCCACCUCUACGACGGCCAAGAAGCCGUCGCCAUCGGCAUGGAAGCUGCAAUUACCAAAAAGGACAUCAUCAUCACCGCAUAUCGAGACCACUGUCUAUACCUCGGCCGCGGAGGAACCUUGUUGGAAACUUUCGCAGAGCUGAUGGGUCGUAAAGGUGGGUGUUCUAAGGGAAAAGGGGGUUCGAUGCAUUUCUAUAAGAAGGAUAGUGGAUUUUAUGGCGGGCAUGGGAUUGUGGGGGCUCAAGUGCCAUUAGGGUGUGGGCUGGCUUUCGCGCAGAAAUAUAGUAGGGACGAGAACGUGUCGUUUAUUCUUUAUGGGGAUGGGGCAGCGAAUCAGGGGCAGUUGUUCGAGGCCUUGAACAUGGCUGCUCUGUGGGAUCUUCCGGCGAUCUUGGUUUGCGAGAACAAUCACUAUGGAAUGGGGACAGCGGAGUGGAGGGCAGCAAAGAGUCCGGCUUACUAUAAGAGAGGAGACUAUGUUCCUGGUUUGAAGGUGGAUGGCAUGGAUGCCUUUGCUGUGAAACAAGCAUGCAAAUUUGCAAAGGACCAUGCUUUGAAGAAUGGACCAAUUAUUCUUGAAAUGGACACUUACAGGUACCAUGGUCACUCUAUGUCUGAUCCUGGAAGUACGUACCGCACACGUGAUGAGAUUAGUGGUGUGAGACAGGAGCGUGAUCCAAUUGAAAGAAUAAGAAAACUGAUAUUAGCUCAGGAUAUAUCCACCGAGAAAGAGUUAAAGGAUAUUGAGAAGGAAAUAAGAAAAGAGGUAGAUCAAGCCAUCGUGCAAGCCAAGGAGAGCCCCAUGCCCGAUCCUUCUGAACUUUUCACCAAUGUCUAUGCGAAAGGAUAUGGAGUUGAGGCAUUUGGAGCUGAUAGGAAAGAAGUCAGAGCUGUGCUUCCUUAAGAAGUAUUGGGGAAAUUUUCCGACUUCCCCUCUCUGGACAGAGGAUAAAAAACAGGAAAACGAAAAAAGAGGAUUGAACAAUAAAAGUUGUAACGAAAAUUAUCACCCUUGUAGAUACUUGCUCUUGGGAAUGGUUAGAAUCAUUACGUUUUGUUGUCUUGUUGAUGUAAUUUUUGGGGGCACAAGAUAUUUCCACUUUAAAUUAGAGUAUGUGAAUUAUGUGCUCUUGGAGUCUCAUUAUAUUUUGACAUGUAAAGCCUUUUCUGGCUUAAUAAAUGUUGUUUCUGCGGCAAAGUUUGCUUAUGUUUUCUAAUAAUUUUACAUGGAAUACUUACAUUUCUUUGCAAUUGUACCAAGUUAGAUGAGAUUGUAGUCUUUG